UAAGUUUGCCAGAAUUUACCGGUUUUCUCGGUAUUUUUCAGUCAAAAGUCAGUAUUUUGUGUAAUUCCGAUAAGUUUCCCAGAAUUUACCGGUUUUUCUCGGUAUUUUUCAGUCAAAAGUCAGUAUUUUGUAUAAUUCCGAUAGGUUUGCCAGAAUUUACCGGUUUUUUUCAGUAUUUUUCAGUCAGAAGUCAGUAUUUUGUAUAAUUCCGAUAAGUUUCCCAGAAUUUACCGGUUUGUUUCAGUAUUUUUCAGUCAAAAGUCAGUAUUUUGUGUAAUUCCGAUAAGUUUCCCAGAAUUUACCGGUUUUUUUCAGUAUUUUUCAGUCAGAAGUCAGUAUUUUGUGUAAUUCCGAUAGGCUUCCCAGAAUAUACCGGUUUCUUUCGGUAUUUUUCAGUCAGAAGUCAGUAUUUUGUGUAAUUCCGAUAGGUUUCCCAGAAUAUACCGGUUUUAUUCGGUAUUGGUGUAGUGUUUGCGUGUUUUUGAGUAUUUGGGCAGGUUUUGCAGAAUUUAUCGGUCACGUGUAUUGUUGUAGUGUUAAGAAGUGUCAGUGUUGAGGCCUUUCAAAUUGGUUAGUCGUGUUUCAGAAUUGAGUUGCCUCUCUCAGAAUUAAUAUUUCUAUUUUGCUCAAGGCUAGUGUUAUCAGAUAUGUUCGUUCGCUGUACAAUCCUCAGUAGUUUUCGAUAUUGAGCGAUAAAUUCUGGUGUAACUUUUCCGCAGGUGUGAAGUAUUAAGAGUUUUCAAUGACAUAAUUCAAUCUGCGUGUUUUUCCUCUGUGUUUGAAGCUUUCUCUGAUAUUUUGGGUGUUUUUUUCAGAAUCGUUCAGUAUUGUUCAAGUAAUUCCCAGUAGUGUUCGCUGCCUUGGUAAUGUUCACCGCAGUUGAUCGCUGGAAUUUAAGCGUUGUACAGUUUCACCUUAUUUCCGGAGAUUCACGAGAUUUCUACACAUUUUCAGAAAUUUCACAUGACAAUCUCCUGAUGAUGUAAGCAAAAACUACUGAUUUUUUAAGGAAACUCAGAUUUUUUCACUUCUCCAGAUAAAUUAAGGUAUAAAACUCCAGAUUUUUUAAGGAAACCCAGAUUUUUUCCACUUCUUCAGAUAAUAAAGGCAUAAAACUCCAGAUUUUUUCACAAUUUCUCCAGAUAAUUGAGGCAUAAAACUCCAGAUUUUUUAGGGAAACCCAGAUUUUUUCCACUUCUCCAGAUAAUUUAGGCAUAAAACUCCAGAUUUUUUAGAGAAACUCAGAUUUUUUCCACUUCUCCAGAUAAUAAAGGCAUAAAACUCCAGAUUUUUAAGGGAAACCCAGAUUUUUUCCACUCCUCCAGAUAAUAAAGGCAUAAAACUCCAGAUUUUUAAGAGAAACCCAGAUUUUUUCCACUCCUCCAGAUAAAUUGAGCCAAAGCCGUAAUUUUCACGAGAAGCUAAAAUAACACCAAAUUUCUCAGCACCAGGCAAUAAUAGCACCACGCGAGGCACCAAUCUGACCCUCUGUGACCCUCCUGACCCCCACGAAUCCCCCACGAUCCCCACGACCCCCCCACGAAUCCCACGACAACCGCACGACUACCACACGACUCCCGCACGACUCCCAACGAUAACAAGAUGCAGCCGUCGUGGUUUACAGUUCCGUGGGUGCAGUUCCAGUCCCUCCCCACCUUCCCUACCCCUACCCUCACCACCCUGGGGCAGAUGGCACCCCCACACCCGCCCACAGCAGUGUCCGUGGGCGGCAUCACACCCAUGGCAGCGCCCACGCCCACGCACACGCAGGUUAAUGGGCUCAGCGGUGUUACUCUGCCUCUUAAUGGGCUGAAUGGUCUAGCACAUGGGGGUCUGGUGGCUAUUCCCUCACCGCCGCCCCUAGCCGCCCACGCCCACGCCCACGCACACCCAGCCGCCCAUCCUGCACAUCCACACCCAGCUGCCGCCCUCGCCCUACAGCAAGUGUUAAGACGCCCCGCCCACCAGCCUGUUCCGGCGCCGCUAGCUGCACUAAUAAGAGCGAAAAAGGAGUCAGAGUUCUCUCCGGGGCUGAGGAGAGAGAAGAGGAAGGCGGAGGAGGAACUGAUGGAGAGCACUGACAUCAAGAAGGCUAAGCUAGAGACGAAAGCGUUGAAAGCAAAGCGGCCUGGGUUUUCGGAAGAGCGUUACAACGAAACUUCUUACUUCAUUGAGAACGGUCUCCGGAAGGUGUACCCGUAUUACUUCACUUUCACCACGUUCACCAAGGGCCGGUGGGUGGGGGAGAAGAUCCUUGAUGUGUUUGCCAAGGAGUUUAGAGCCCACCCUGCUGAACAAUACGAGCGGUGCAUUAAGACAGGAACUCUGACUGUGAACUACGAGAAAGUUGACACAGAUUAUCGCCUCAAACACAACGAUCUGCUCGCCAACAUUGUCCAUAGACACGAGGUUCCGGUGACAGCUGAUCUAAUUCCAAUAGUACACGUUGAUGAAGACAUGGUUGUAGUGGACAAACCUGCCUCCAUACCUGUGCACCCCUGUGGACGCUACCGUCAUAAUACUGUGGUGUUCAUCCUGGCCAAAGAAUAUAACUUGAAGAAUUUAAGGACCAUUCACCGCCUUGACCGACUCACUAGCGGGCUGCUGCUGUUCGGUCGGACUCCCAAGAAAGCAAGAGAAAUGGAGCAACAGAUAAGAACCAGACAAGUCACAAAGGAAUAUGUGUGUCGCGUGGAGGGGGAAUUCCCGAGAGAUGCAGUGGAGUGUGUGGAGCCAAUAGAGGUGGUGAGCUACAAGAUUGGUGUCUGCAAGGUCUCAGCUGGCGGGAAAGAUUGCCGCACCGAGUUCCAGCGACUGUCUUUCAAUGGGACAACUUCUGUGGUGCUAUGUCGGCCCCACACUGGCAGGAUGCAUCAGAUACGUGUCCAUCUCCAGUACUUAGGCUACCCCAUAGUGAACGACCCUCUCUACAACCACACUGUCUUCGGGCCUAACAAAGCCAAGGGAGGCAUUGUGGGUAAGAGUGACGACCAGCUCAUCCAAGACUUAAUCAAGAUACACAACGCUGAGAACUGGCUGGGCAUGGACGGUGACGCAGAGUACUCCAUGUUUAAAGCCAGGGAGAAGGGAGAGGGAGAGGAAGAAGGUGGAUCCCAGCGGAACACACCCUCCCCUAAGGACAAAUCACCCCCCCAACCACCCCACCACUACCCAAAGAUGUCACCACCACCACCACCACCACCGCCACCUCACCACCAUCACCACCACGAUGCUUCUGCUGGUGCUGCUAAUGGCCUCUCAGUUGCAGCUGGACUGGAAACGCUUGAAGGAGGAGGAGGAGGAGGAGGAGGAGGCACAACGCAAGUCUCCUCCUCUACCCAAACCAGUGACAACCAAGGAGGAGGAGGAGGAGGAGGAGGAGGAGGAGGAGGAGGAGGAAGGAAUAUGGCUUUCAGUCCCACUUAAUGACAGUCGACGAGCAUUGUUAUGAGUGCAAAGUGCGUUAUCGUGACCCCAAGCCGAGAGAUUUGGUCAUGUAUCUCCACGCCCUGAAGUAUUCGGGCCCCGGCUGGCAGUUCGAGACGAAGCUUCCUGAUUGGGCAAACGAAGACUGGAGGGAUCCGGAAGACGACCAAUAAGAAGACAGGAUUCUCUCGACCAAUCACAGAAGAGAAUGGCGAAAUCUUAUUCUGUAAAAUUCAUGGCGGGAAAUUUGAAUGAUUAAUGGCAUAAAGAAGAGGAAGAGGAGGAGUAGGAGGAGGAGGAGGAAGAAGAAGAUAUUGUGUGUGUUUUUUUU